AUGUAUCGUCACCAUCAUCAUCACGCUGACCCUUCACCAACGCUUCUUUUUCAAUCAACACUACCACAUACAACAGGUUUCUUGAACUCUGUUAUGAAGAUGGAGCGAUGCGUCGUCUUUCGCAGAUUUUGCGGUGGCGUCGGGAGAACGGCCCAAGCCAAGCAAGAAGGCUCCACGAACGGCCAAGGCAGAUGGCCGAAGAAGUGCGCGGAGAUCUUGAUCAACUUGCUCAAGAACGCGGAAUCGAAUGCCGAGGUUAAGGGGUUGGACAUUGACAAUCUCUACAUCACGCACAUCCAAGUCAAUAAGGCCAUCCCGCAAAGAAGACGAACGUACAGAGCGCACGGUCGCAUCAACCCGUACAUGUCUUCGCCGUGCCACGUCGAGCUUAUGUUGGAGGAAAAGGAAGAACCGGUAGCGAGAGCGGAAGAACCGAAGAAAUACACUAGAAGACAACAAGCAAAGCUCCGAUCCGGUAUCAAAUCCAACUAA